AAGGAAGAUCAGGGCAACUGUGAGAAUCACACCGAGGAGAUGGGAACGGAGAGUCGCGGCACUAAUUAAGCCAUUUUUAAAUAGAAAUCCUCGUCGUAUGUACUUAACUCGGUAAAUGCUGCUGUUGUUUACAUUUAUUGACAGGGAAAAUUUAGGUUGACAAAAGAUCCACGGGCCCGGGCCUUAGUCCGCGGUCUUGAGUUGAACAGUCAUCCGACAUCAGAGCGAGUGAGUCGGUGUGAACAGCAGAGCCCUGCUGCACAUGAUGGGCGACAGUAGAGAUUCCCGUAGUCCAGACAGCUCAUCCGUUUCCUCGCCUCCAUCAGGUCAGCGUUCGCCCCCGUUGGCCCCUUCAGCCGCCGCCAUGACUUCCCUGCCACCCAUCACUUCGGCUGUGAACAGUCCCAUCAGCAGCAUGGGCUCACCCUUCUCAGUCAUCAGCUCCUCUCUGGGUUCUCCUUGCCUUCCUGGAACUCCUUCGGUAGGCUACGGCCCCAUCAGCAGCCCACAGAUGAACAUGUUUCCCAGAAACAGAGAGAUCAACUCCACUGUGUCCAUGUCGGGUCUGCACGCUGUCAGCAGCUCUGAUGACGUCAAACCGCCCUUCGGUUUGAAGCCGCUGUCCGCCCACAGCCCAGGGCCCAUGGUAUCUCAGAAACGCUUGUGUGCCAUCUGUGGAGAUCGCUCCUCUGGCAAGCACUAUGGCGUGUACAGCUGCGAGGGCUGCAAGGGCUUUUUCAAGCGCACUGUGAGGAAGGACCUGAGCUACACAUGCAGAGACAAUAAGGACUGUCUGGUGGACAAACGCCAGAGGAACCGCUGCCAGUACUGCCGCUACCAGAAGUGCCUGGCCAUGGGAAUGAAGAGAGAGGUGGUCCAAGAUGAACGACAACGAUCCGUUCAGGAGGAGCGUCAGAGGAACAAGGAACGGGAAGGAGAGGUGGAGUCCACCAGCGCAGCGAAUGAAGAGAUGCCCGUGGAGAAGAUUCUGGAAGCAGAGAUGGCCGUAGAGCAGAAGACUGAGCUGCAUGCAGAUGGCAGCUCAGGGGGGAGCUCUCCGAACGACCCAGUCACAAAUAUCUGCCAGGCGGCUGAUAAACAGCUGUUCACUUUGGUGGAGUGGGCAAAACGGAUCCCUCACUUCAGUGAGCUGUCUCUGGAUGACCAGGUCAUCCUGCUGCGUGCUGGCUGGAAUGAGCUACUGAUCGCGUCAUUCUCUCAUCGCUCCAUCACGGUGAAGGAUGGCAUUCUGCUGGCCACCGGCCUCCACGUGCACAGGAACAGUGCUCAUAGCGCUGGGGUGGGAGCCAUCUUUGACAGGGAGAGUGCGCACAAUGCAGAGGUUGGGGCCAUAUUCGACAGGGUGCUGACGGAGCUGGUGAGCAAGAUGAGGGACAUGCAGAUGGAUAAAACAGAGUUGGGCUGCCUGAGAGCCAUCAUCCUCUUCAACCCAGAUGCAAAGGGAUUGUCAAGCCCAAGUGAAGUGGAGUUACUGAGAGAGAAAGUCUAUGCAUCGCUGGAGGCCUAUUGCAAACAGAGAUAUCCUGACCAGCAGGGAAGGUUUGCCAAGCUCCUCCUCCGACUGCCAGCGCUGCGCUCCAUUGGCUUAAAGUGCCUGGAGCACCUGUUCUUCUUCAAGCUGAUUGGAGACACCCCAAUCGACACCUUCUUAAUGGAAAUGCUUGAAGCACCGCAUCAGCUCACCUAACCGGGACCUGUCUCGAUCCAGUUCAAUCCGGUUUGCACCAGGGUAUCGCAGUCCCCCCCGGACUCUGGGGCUUUACUGUGUCUCACUUCCCAUUAACACCUUCCCCCACAAUUCUCCUACACGUUCUCCCUACCGCACCUUCAAACCAGUACAGCCCUGAAAAAGACUCUAAGCUGUCUGAAAAAAAAAACUUGUUUUCCAUGUAACGUUUUACACAGUAUGAGCUGUCCAGAGAGAUCUUAUUUUUCAAAUUCCCUGGAGGUUCUAAAUCAUAAGCUUCUGCUUCCAGUUUUAGAACUCUCAUAUUGAUUCUAGAGAUCUCUGUGUGUCGUUUUGGUUUGUAUGUUACUCUGAAUGCACGAACUGUACUUAUUUUUUCGUUUGUCACUGCAGUUAGACGGCCCGUCGGCUGAAUUGACAGUGCAUGUGUGACCGGAGCGAGAGUCCGCCGAGCCCUUUGGCUGGUACGAAUCAAGUCGCGGCAGACCUGCCCGUUCGAUUUUGACUGUGGAAUACUGCUAACGCGCUAUCUUUGGGAUUUAUACCUUGAAAUCCUACUUUGUACUGUACUCAUGAAAUGAGUCCGAUUUAUAAACGGCAUUGGAAAUUCUCGGCCUGCUGCAUCUGGCCCUUACGAAGUGCAGGCUGGAAUUUUACAUUUGCGAAUAAAUGUAUGCAGGUUUUGUUGGACAUGAAAUUUUGAUCAUGUUCCAAGGAGGGCCUAAAGGCACAGAUUAAAUCUCGCAGGAGAAUCCUGCUUUUUUUGGCGGCAAUAGGAGGGUCGACCUUUUUUUUUUUUUUUUUUUUUUUUUUUUUUUUUUGAUUUAUGUCGUUUUUAAAUAGGCUGGUAUUGGUUUUGGUACCUUCUAGAGGACCUUAUACCUUUUGCAAUUUCUUAAUUCCCCCAAGUUCCUUUGAUCCAUUUAGUCACCAAUUCCUCAAAUGGGAACCAAAUCCACACCAUGCCCCCCAAAAGACAAAUAUUUAUAGUGUGUAUGUGUGCUGUGAAAAGUAUGUCCAACCACUCUUGUCCUUUCCACGUGAUCGGUGUUGCAGGCCUUUUUCUUUUGUGUUCAUGAAAUCAGCUUGUCAUCAGGCUCCUCUGGAAUUAACUGGUACUAACUUUGGCAUAUUAAAAAAACAACGGUGAUUCUGUUUGUUUAAAGGCUGGAAUGCACUACAUGAUUUUUAAGUCCAUUUUUAUCCCAAUUAAUGGUCAAGUCACCUUCAUUUAUAUAGCGCUUUUAACAAUACAGAUUGUGUCAAAGCAGCUUUACAGUAUUAAUUAGAAAAAUAUUGUCAAUAAUGCAAAAGGACAAUAGCACUCCAAACACUCAAUUUUCAGUUAAAGGCAGUUUUGGAGCCAGUCAGCAGAUUUUGGACAUUCAGGGUUGAUUGAUUUCACAGAAAAUUGCAUUUUGGAUGCAGACUCCCAAUUUUGUUGAGCUCCAGACUAUGAUUCCAUCCAGUCAGAGAACAUCAAACAUAUUUGAUAUUUUAAGCCGAUUUUAGAAACCAUUUUGUUUUCAUUUGACAUGUCUAGUUACAGAGUUUUUUUGUUUUGUUUUGUUUUUUGGGGGUUUUUUUUAUGAUGCCCAGUUUAUUAAGUAUAUGUUCAGAUUUGGUGUAUUCCAGCCUUCAUGUGUUGUAGUAGAAUCACCUUCUACAUUCCAUCCAUGCAGGUUGCUUCCCUCAAAGCAACUCACUAAAUCUUGCAAGAACGUAUUGUCAAACACAUCCGUCUUAUUCAACAGACUUAGGGUCAUGUAAGAAUUCUGCGUUCAAUCUGAAAGGUCGACGUGUCAAAACCAGCAUCCAUCACAAUCUAUGCAUUUAUGUGAGAGCGAUAGUAUAGUCUUGGAGAAAGACUGAACAUGCCAUCAGGGAAAGAAUCCAGCAAAUGCACCAGUAUUAAUGGUGGGCACCAUUUUUGUGGCUCAAACCAAGUAAUUUUAGGCAGAGACUUAAGAUCAAAUACUGACAGUAUUUGAAGUUUUUAUAUAAAAGAAUAGCUAGAGAUUGCAAAUGGUCCCACCUUUUUUGGUGCUAAUAAUGACAACAGUUAGACAUACAUGUUGACACCAAAAUAGACGCACAGCAGUGGUCAAAAUAUGCAAUUUCUCCAAUAAGCUUGAAUUUGAUAUGCCAACUUCUUGUUUAAUACACCAUCUUCUGCAUAACGAUUAUCCACCAACAUGCAGAUUCCUAUUACUGUCUGUGCUCUUGUACAAGUGUUUUAUACAUCCACGAGGUGCUUAAAUUUGAAUCUGAAUGAGCAUCAGAAACAAUGGUUCACAAGGACUGAUGGAUUGUAUUGUGAUCCAUAAUAUAUUAGCCAUUGACUGAAUCCAGACUUCCAAUGAUAGCUUUGGAUCUUCUAGUUUAACUUCCCUACACGUUUGUUUUGUUGAGGCCAGUGAUAGGAAGAAUCCUGUUUCGAGUCUUUUCAAUGUGAUCAACAACUGACCUCUGGUCCUUAAAUUUGGCUUCCCAGUAGUUUAGAGUUUUCUGUAUUUUCUUGCAUGUUUUGUCUACCCGGUUUCCAUUUAUCCAGGAAUUGAAGCUAAUUGGGUUGGUGUUGAUGGUCUGCUCUAUAUCUGAAUGGUGGGAAGGCUUAUUUGAUUGAGCACUGUAUGCUUGUGUUGCACAUGGGUGACUCGAGUCUCGCCAGAGUUGUUAGUCAGCCUGUGUGUGUGUGUGUGUGUGUGUGUGUGUGUGUGUGUGCAGCAAUGCAGAAGUCCUAUGUGAAAGAUGCAUCAAGAGUCUUUCCUUGAAAUGGAGUGCAAUGGCCUCUGUCUCCUAUUACUUGAUUGCAGUUUGCCAUAAUCAACUUUCGCUUGAAUACAUAUUAAUCCAGACAUACGCUGUGAGCUUGUGUUCGUGUGGCCGACCCUCCCUGUCUUUUGGGGUCCACUUUUAUUUUCUCUCCCUGAAAAUUGUUACUUUUUUUUCAUGAUUUCAUCUUUUAACGGCUCUCUAAGGUUGCAAAGCGUUUAUAAAAAUGAAUAAUAUACAGCUUGCACAGGUUUUGUACCAUUUGUCUCGUAACCCCUGAAUUACCCAUGAUGCACCUGAACUGAUUCAGCACUGCCAAACAGGUGUGAGGGGAGUGUUUUCUUGGGUGUUCCUGACUAACCCCUACUGGUUGACUGUGUACUGUGAUUAUCACUAAACAGAGCCCCUAUUGCAACUAUUUAUACAGAGCUGAGUCAGAGAACCGGAGGGUUCUGUUAGUGCGUUUUUUCUAAGGCCUCGUUGCUGCAAUUUUCGUCAGACGCGGGAAAGCCCUCCUGUUUGUGUGUCUGAAGCCGAGCAGCGCUCUGAAAUAUGCACAGUGCAAACUUGAAUUAAUCUCUGCCUGAGAAUGAAGUGGUUAUGCAUGUUACCGUCUGGGAGCUGAUUCGCUGUAUCUGCGUUUGUGGUUUAUUGCUGAAUGUUUGCUUGUGUAAAGAGAGAGAGAUGUGUAAGAUAUGAGUGAGGGUGAAGUGGGUUCAUACUGGUGAAUUGCACAAAACCUUGUCAGGAAUGUGUCUGGGUCAUGCUUGACCACAAAAUCGAAAGAAGGAAAUGUAGUCUUAUUUUUAGGACCUUUUCAUUUUUCAUCAUUGUAAAGUGAUAUUUAAUUUGUGAAUUAUGCUGAUUUUAAAUUAAAAUCAUUGGCCUACAAUAGUGAAAAUCACUAUUUAGAAUAAUUGGAAUGAUGCUUUUUUUUUUUUUUUAUUAUUAUUAUUAUUAUUAUUUCCCUGAUGAUUUUGAGGUGAAAUGUGACCCAGACUUUUUUUUUUUUCUUUUUUUUUUGUGUGUGAGAUUCACUCAUUCAGGAUCAUGUUUGAUAGCUGUACAGCUGAAGGAGGGCUAUAUGAUGAUGAUGAUGAUGAUGAUUUUGUAUUUGUAAAUGGAUGGUUGAUGAAAACGGUGAUUGUUCAGUGGGAGGCUUUAAGAGAUUACGGACUUGAUAUGAAAGAGCUUUCUUAAAAUUUACUCCCACCAAAAGAAAAAUAAAUAUUGCUUCUCACUAUAUGUUUUCUGACUGCUCUUUUCUUAUGCUUUACAUCUUUGUGUAUCCUGACGUAUUAGUGCAAAACUGUUAUGUUAUUUGGGGUCUUUCCCCCACACCCUUCCCUCUUCAUUUUUCUCGUCUAGUUUUUAAUCUGUCUCCAGCAGUUGUGGAAAUGAUUGACUGUACUGAGUGUGGAGAAAGAAAAAUGUCUUUCUUUUCGCUUUAUUGUCAUUAAUUCAGAAUCUGUUUUUGUUGGAUGUACCAUGUGUAAGUAAAGGUUUUAAUACAGCA